AUGCCCACUGAAUCGGACUACAUUGGACCAACUUGGCCGGCCCCAAUUGACGUCACAAGCCGGCACAGUCUGGUCCCAACGGCAUGGAAGAAUCUCACCGCCACCUUCGACUCCUAUCUGAAAGGCCAUGUAAAGAUUAAAGAUACCGUUGCUUUGAAAGGAGUCGAGAACAUCACAUUUUCCGCCGGACUAUUCUCAAUUCAUGAUCCAAGUCUCAAAAAACUGCAGUACCACUAUACUAGCCCCGAGAUUGCAAACGCCACAAACGGCACACACAAGGUCGACGGCGACAGCAUUUAUCGUAUUGCCAGUUCUAGCAAGUUGUUCACUGUCUAUGCUGGCAUGCUGGUUCUCACCGAAGAAGAAUGGAACCGUCCUCUUGCCGAGAUAAAUAAAGCGUUCGCCGAGGUUGCCGAGCAAGGCAACAAGGACCCUAUCUGGCAUGUUCAAUGGGACAAGAUCAGCCUACCAAAACGUAUAUAUAUGUAA